AUGGAAAAGUUCAGGAACGCCUUAGAAUUCUGCGAGUUGGAUGACCUUGGGUUUGUUGGGGAUCCCUUUACUUGGCGCAAUCACAGCCACCGGGCGGAAACUUAUAUUAAGGAGAGGCUUGACCGGGCAGUGGCCAAUCUUGAGUGGAGAUCCCACUACCCUGCGUACAAGGCAAUCAAUGGGGACCCAAGGCACUCAGACCACAGACCUGUGAUUGUGGUGUUGGAGCCUGAAUACAAGGGAGAUCGGAGCGGAGGAGUGGUGCCCAUGCCGAAGUUUGAGGCAAGGUGGCUGGAAGAGGAGCAGUGUGAUGAAGUGGUUAAAAAUGCGUGGAGCCUGGCCAUGCUAUCGCCUGACACAACGGUGGCGGAGGCACUAAGGCGUGUGGGUGCUGAACUCCAUUCCUGGAGUAAAGAGGUUCUGGGGGACCUAAAAAACAGAAUAAAAAAGGCCAAGAAAGACCUGAACAGAUGUAGGAAGGGGGAUAUUUUGCAGCAGCAGGUCUCGAUGGAGCAGUUGCUUCGUUACAAGCUUGAAAGGCUGCAUGAACAAAAGAAUUUGUACUGGAAGCAACGUGCUCAGGCUCAUUGGCUUAAGGAUGGGGACCGAAACACAAGCUUUUUCCAUGCUUGCGCUUCUGAGCGGAAGAGAUUAAAUCAUAUAAAGGCUUUGAAAGAUGAUGGUGGAGGUGUGGUUGAAGGGGAAGAAGAGCUGAGGGCUUUUAUAACUAAUUACUAUGCAAACCUCUUUUCUUCUAGUGCAGGGACGAGGGAGGCUGAGCUUCUGUCCAAUGUUCACUGUGUUGUCACGGCUGAAAUGAAUGCUUUCCUAAAAAUGGAUUUCUCCACGGCUGAGAUCCUUGAUGCUUUGAACUCAAUGGGUGAUCUGAAGGCCCCAGGCCCUGACGACAUGCCGGCGGUUUUUUAUAAGCGCUUUUGGGACCUGGUAGGUCGAAAGAUUCAAGAUGAGGUUCUCAGUGUCCUCAAUGGUGGGCCAAUCCCGAUUGGCUGGAAUGAGACAGUAAUUGUGCUUAUCCCCAAGGUCCAUAAUCCUGGCAGGCUCAAGGACUUGCGUCUGAUCAGUCUUUGCAAUGUGGUUAUGAAGAUUGUGACCAAGGUGAUCGCUUGCAGAUUGAAGGACGUGUUGCCUGACAUCAUUUCCCAAAGUCAGAGCGCUUUUGUCCCCGGGAGGUUAAUCACUGAUAACAUUUUGAUUGCGUAUGAAACAACCCACUUCAUGCAUCAGCGCAAAGGCGGAAGAGACGGGCUUGCUGCGGUCAAGCUUGACAUGAGCAAGGCGUUUGACAGGGUGGAGUGGUCUUUUUUGGAGAAGAUGAUGCUAAAGAUGGGUUUCUCCCAAGCCUGGGUGAAUCUUGUGAUGGGUUGUGUCUCCACUGUUACCUAUAGGGUGAAGGUGAAUUCGGGGCUGACGGAUGUGAUAAUUCCUCAAAGGGGCCUGCGGCAGGGAUGCCCUUUAUCGCCGUAUCAGUUCAUCAUUUGCGCUGAGGGGCUCUCAGCGUUGCUGCAGUGUGCGGAUCUGGAUGGUUCUUUGCAGGGGGUGCAAGUCUGCCCUGUCGCGCCAAGGAUAAAUCACUUGUUCUUCGCUGAUGACUCCCUGAUUUUCAUGAAAGUAAACGAGGCAAGUGCUUUAAAACUCCAAAGUAUUCUUGCCCUGUAUGAGGAUGUGUCUGGGCAAAUGAUAAAUAAAGAGAAGUCGGCUGUUAUGUUCAGCAAAGGGACCACUCAAGCUGCAAAGAGGAGGUUUAAGAGGCUUCUCCAUAUAAGUGACGAGGCUUUCAACGAAAGGUAUUUGGGUCUUCCAAUUCAUCUCGGCAGAUCCAAGACCAAGGCUUUUGGUUUCCUGAAGGAAAAGGUGUGGAGGAAGAUCCAAGGGUGGAAGGAGAAGUUCCUUUCAAGGGCAGGAAAGGAGAUCUUGGUCAAGGCUGUUGCACAAGCUAUUCCACUCUUUGCCAUGUCAUGUUUUGACAUAACGAAAACUUUUUGCGACGAGAUCUGCUCCAUGGUCUGCCGCUACUGGUGGAAUAAUCAAGAGGAGGAAAGACAUCACUGGCUGGGCUGGCACCCGUCAAGGGUGGAGGCUGUGCAGGACCCUGAAUCACUGGUGGGAAGGGUGUUGCGUGCCAAAUAUUUCCCGGAGGGGAGCAUUCUUGAUGCUUCUGUUUCGCCGGGUAUCUCUUACACUUGGCGAAGUAUUUUAAAAGGGGUUGCUCUGCUGAAAGAAGGGAUUGUUUGGAGAGUGGGUGAUGGAGCGAACAUCAAGGUCUGGGCUGACCCUUGGAUCCCAGCGGGUGACACUCGUAAACCAAGAACGAUCCGUGGCCAGUCUAUUGUCACUAAGGUCACUGAUCUAAUUAAUCCUAGUUCGGGCUGUUGGGACGAGCAGCUAGUCAUGGACCUUUUUGAACCAGAAGAUGCAAAUGCUAUCUUAUCAAUCAACAUUUGGGAUGGUAUGGAGGACAAUAUUGCUUGGCAUUUUGACCCAAAGGGAGUUUUUUCUGUGAAAUCAGCCUACAAGUUGGGAGUCAUGCUAAGGGACAGAAGGGAUGGCCGUGAGACAGCUUGCUCGAAGGAGAAGGAGAACACAGGUGAUAGUGAUGUUAAAUUCAGCUGGAAGAAAAUCUGGGAUCUGCGAGCUCCCAACAAGCUAAAAUUUUUCGUUUGGCGUCUCUCUCAUAAUAGUUUGGCAAGCAGAAUGAAAAUCAAGAGGCUUGGUGUUGAUCUGGACACGGCUUGUCCUGUCUGUCACAGGCUAAACGAGGAUGGCGGCCAUGUUUUUCUGAAAUGCAAGAUGGUCAAGGCAUGCUGGAGUUCUCUUGGGCUGGCGGAUACACGUGAUUUACUUCUGCCGUGCAAUUCAGCUCAGAGUAUGUUGGAAGAAUUGUGGAAGUGCGAUACGGAAGUGCAAUUGAAAGCCCUGACUCUUAUGUGGGAAUGGUGGGGUUUUAGGAACAAGGUCAAUUCGGGAGAUGCUAGUGCUAAUUCCCUGGAGGUUUGUCACCGGGUGGAGAAACACAUGGUUGACUUUAAAAGCAUGAAGCUCCCAGCCAUUCCACCCAAGCCUCCUGACCAACACAAAUGGGCUAAGCCUCCUGACAAUCAGGUGAAGGUAAACUUUGAUGGAGCCUUUGACUAUAUCACAGGUUCUGGAGGUUGGGGUUACAUCAUUCGUGACCAGGCGGGCGAUUUCGUUGCUGCUGGGUCAGGAAAGUCUGUGCAUUUGAGAUAUUCUUUGCACUCUGAAGCGGUUGCAUGUCUUGCCGCUAUUAAUGGAGCAAUUAGAAUUGGCGCAAACAGGAUUAUCUUCGAGUCUGAUGCUUCAAAUUUGGUCCAAGCUUUGAAGAGUACUGACUAUGACAAAUCAUCUAUUGGUGUCUUGAUGAAGGAAGCUAGAAGCUUAUGUGUUCUGAACUUUGCUCUUUUUCAGUUUUCUUAUGCCAGACGUACAUGUAACACUGCGGCUCAUGUGCUGGCUAAGAUAGGAGUGAGUAGCGAGUCUUCUGACUCAUUCUGGGAGGAUUACGCCCCCAUUUGUAUUUCAGACAUUAUAGCCAGUGACUCUGCUGUGCUGGAAAUGUAA